AUGUGUAGUCGAGAUGAGAUAAUGGAGCUUGAUUCCACUGCUCCAGCCUGUGAUCAAACAGCGAGUGGUCAGGCAAGUCUUUCGAUUGCCUCGACUACUACCAACCGUAUCAGUCUGACUGGCCGUCUCAGCGUGAUAGCCGCAAGACUGGCCGAAGCAGAAGCACAGGCUGCGGAGAUCGCAGAGUGUCAGAAGAUUACGGACUCGACAGCCGGGUGGUCACAGUCGUGGCUUGCGUCUGCGUUAGAUCCAGAGGUCUAUAUGCGUUCGCAGUUACGAGCCAUGGGGCAAACCACGGGAGGUAUGCAUUUCACAUGUAUGCUACUAUUAUAG